GUUAUACUUUCCACUAUCCCCCCUUUGCUCAUGUGACUCCUCCCAUGAGCAAUCUCAAUUAGUCCUUUCAUGUAAGCCGUGGGGAGACAGGGUUUGUUUAUCUCUGGGUGUACCCAUAUCCCGCCUAUUUGUUUGCACCCCCCUUUUUUCCAUUUCACAUAAGCUUGUGGAGUAGCUUGUUUUUGGAUAUCUUUGGUUGUUAUCCUGGUUCCAUUAUCUAUUUGUGCCAUUUGUGUAUGGACUGGUUGUGUGGCUGUGAGUUGAGCUACUUUGUCUGCAUAAGCGUUUCCUCUCGACACAGGGUCCCCUGCUUUUGUGUGUGCUGCACAUUUUAUGAUGGCCACUUUCUUUGGUAGUUGGAUUGCUUCCAACAGUUCUGCUACUAGGCAAUGGUUCUUUAUCUUUGCUCCUGAGCUCGUAAGGAAGUUACGAUGUCUCCAAAUAGCCCCAAAGUCAUGUGCCACUCCCCACGCGUACCAGGAAUCGGUCCAGACGUUCACGGUCUUAUCUUGUGCUAGUUUACACGCCUGUAUGAGUGCAACAAGUUCAGCUGCCUGCGCUGAGUAAUUAGAUGGGAGUGAUUCUGCUUUCACCACUUCUGUGUGUGACACAACAGCAUAUGCUGCUCGAUUAGUGCCUUGAGAGUCACGUUUAGCGACACGUCCACAAACAAUUCCAGGUCCGCAUUAAAUAUUGGUUCCUCCUUUAAAUCUAUUCUGGGAGAUGUUGCAAUUUCUAACACCUGUUGGCAGUCAUGGGGCUCUCCCUCCUCCCCUGUAGGCAAUAGAGUGGAGGGGUUUAGAGUUGUGCAUCGUUUCACAGUAACAUUUGGCAGGUCUAGUAAGGCAGUGUGGUAUCUAAGCCAUCGCUGAGUGGACAAAUGUGCCACCUUUUGAUCUUGCAGUAUUCUUGACACUGCAUGAGGCACAUAUAGGGUAAGCUUGGCGUAGCCUACUAUGUCUCUGGAAGCCACUAGUGCCUUCUCGGCGGCUGCCACAGCUCUUACACAUAAAGACCCAUAAUCAGAGGCAUGUUGUCCGUCAGAAGUUUUAAUAUCUACACAAGAAGUAUUGCUUCUCUAUGGAGACGAUCAAGUCACUGUGCUGGUCAAACACUUGACAUUAGUGGAAUUUAUCCUCCUAUAGUCACUCCUUUUACACAGAAGGGAGAGGUAGAUUAUCAAAGCCUAUAUAAAAAUCUGCAGAAGUAUAACAACAUACCUUUUAAAGGUCUUGUGGUUCAGGGCUCUAAUGGGGAGUACCCAUAUCUGUCAACAGAAGAGCGGAUCGAGGUUGUGAGAAGAGUUAAACAGGCACUGCCUAAAGCCAAGUUGCUGAUGGCAGGAUCUGGCUGUGAAUCUACCAAAGCGACAAUCCAAAUGAGUGAAAAUAUGGCCAGUGCUGGUGCUGAUUGCCUGCUGGUAGUGACACCAUGUUUUUAUCAUGGUAGGAUGGAUGGCAGUGCUCUCAUUCACCACUAUAUCCAGGUGGCAGACUCCAGCCCUGUACCCAUUGUCCUGUACAAUGUACCAGCCAGUACCUUUCUGGAUUUACCUGUGAGUGCUGUGAUUGAGUUAUCCCAACAUCCAAAUAUAAUCGGCAUCAAGGACAGUGGUGGAGAUAUUACAAGAAUAGGUCUCAUUGUGCAUAAAACCAGAUCACAGGAUUUCCAAGUGUUGGCAGGAUCAGCUGGGUUUCUAAUGGCUUCAUACACAGUAGGUGCUGUGGGUGGAGUGUGUGCUCUAGCGAAUGUCCUGGGGCAAGAGGUGUGUGAGCUAGCACAGCUGUGUACAUCCGGGGAGUGGGACAAGGCAAGAAAGCUCCAGUAUCGACUCAUUGAACCAAACAUAGCAGUCACACGGAAGUUUGGCAUUCCUGCUCUGAAGCAGGCAAUGGAGUGGUUCGGGUACCAUGGUGGUGUGUGUCGCUCUCCUUUACAGCCUUUGUCAGAGGUUCAAUUAAAGCAGCUUCAUACAGACUUCUCCUCAAAUGGUUGGCUGUAGGCAUAGAUCACAGGUUCUACAAUAGCUACUGCAUGUAAACCUGAUGAAUCAGCUUUUAAGGAUUUUGAUUGCCUGGUAUAAAUGUACACAGCAGAAUAAUAAUUUGUAUUUGCAGAAGCUUCUUGGUGAUUGGAUUGAGUGCCCCUGCUUUAUACAUCUUAAUAUAUGCAUACAGUUGCAAGACAAAAUAUGUGAACCCUUUUGAAAGCUUAUUGCCUAAUUGGCUCCUAUAAUGUGAUCUGAUCUUCUCAGUAAAAACAACAAAUAGAAUGCCUUGUUAAUGUAACCCAGACAAUAUUUUAUUCUGUCAUAUCUUAUUAAAAACUAGUUUAAACAAUUA